AUGUUUAGUAUUUCAAUUAUCGAAGACAAUAUCAGCGGUUCCACACAAACCCAAGAUGUUCAAGAUGUUACAAAGCUUGAUAGUUCUCAAAUAAAUCACCCAGAUGAAACUUCAACUGGCUAUACAGCUUCUAUAAAAGGAGAUGUCAACAAUCUAAACAAGUUGAAGGUUCAUGAUUCAUUAAAAACAAGAUCAAACAACGAGGAAAUUAAGAAUGAUAAAGAAUUCAACAAUUCUGAAAAGCGUGGAAAUACAAUCAAAUAUUGGGUAGCAGGGGUGAUUUGGAUAGGUCUUUCAGUGGCUUUAUUUUUCAUUCAUGGUAAAUCAAGCCAAGACGGUGAUCCUUAUCAAGGAUUUAAACAAUAUAUAAAUUAUAAAGCAAGAUGUGAUCAUAUAAUUCAGAAUGUUGAAUUAUUCACAAGAACUUUAACCGUUAUAGGAAUCGUUUUUCUUAUUUUGCAAUUGUAUCUUAUUUUUAUUGGUAAUCAUGGAUUAUUCUUUGUGGAUGAUGAAGAGUAUCCACUUGAACCCCAAGUUUUCAAUGACAGAGAUCCAAAUUCAAAUAUUAUAACAAGGUCACAAAUCAAUUCUCAUAAUUAUGACAAAAGGAAAUUAUCAAAAAUUUCCAAAUCAUCACUUUUACCACCUGAUGAUUCUUACGACAUUAUAACUACAGAUCAAUUAGAGACACCAGAACAUAGAGAAUUGAAAAAUAAAGGUGUUUGUUUAAUCUGUCUCGAAUCAUAUGAUGAAACCCAUAACCAUAUAGUUCAAUUACCUUGUGCUCAUUCAUUUCAUUAUAAAUGUUUUGUCAGGUUAAGAAAAGUUAAAGGAAAUAGAACUGAUUUUCAAAGACCAAGUAUGAUAUGCUGUAUUUGUACAUUAAGUUUGAUCAAGUAUCAUCAAUAUCUUGUUGAUUAUGAAUUAGAUCAUAAACAAGUUGAAUUUAUUAAUAAGUGA